AUGGCCGCAGUCGUGGCCUUUGCGGGACUCGGCGUCUACUACCUGGUGUCCGGUGUAGCAGGCAAGGGCGAUAGCCAGCAGUACCUGAGCAGGUUCAGCUGCCGCAGCGAUGAUUGCGUCAAGUCCGAAUCGCUGCUUAUACAGUCUCUCAACACCAACGUCGACCCGUGCCACGACUUCAAAGCGUACGCCACGUCGCGAUGGCUGCCAGACUCGCACCAAGACGUGUCUGAGCUUUGGAACUACAAGUGGCACGUCAAGUACAACUGGAUGAGCCGGGUAGCCAGCGAGAUCGCGAGCCGGGACUUCGAGUCGCACUUGGGCAAUAUGGUAGCGUCAUCGUUCAGCGCCUGCGUGAAUCGGUCCGCCGAGCGAGCGAACGACACGCGAACCAUGUUCAAGGAGCUCAUGCGAAGCCUCGGCAUUCCCUGGCCGGAGGCGCCACCUCGUGACGCGAACCCGUUCGACGUCUACAUGAACCUGUGCGUUCGGUGGAACAUCCCGCUCUGGUUCGACAUCAGGCUGCUUCCGGACAACACUCUCAAGGGCCAACGAACGGUGUACAUCGGCCCGAGCGCGUUCGCCAAGUUCUGGGCCAAACAGUUCAGGUCUAUUAGCGGUGACUCCGCAGUGCGUGGGUACAUCAACCAGUACCUAGUGUACUUCGCAGGUUAUGAUGAGGCAGCAAGGGACGAGCAGCUCGCGGCCAACUGCUACACGGUGUUCAUGUUCACGCGACAGGUGGUGUUCAUGCUCGAGACCAUUCACGAGAACGUGGGAUCCAAGGCGUACACGUUCGACUCACUCAGCAACGCGUUCGGUCAGCGCGCCGAUCGUUUCGCGUCCCUCAUGAACCGAUACUUCAGACUCGAGAAAGCUUUCGUAGGUGCCGACAUGGCCAUCGUUGAGAAAGUGGGCACUGCCGAAGUGACGCGCUACAUCGUCGACGACCACGACCCUCCUCUGGUCCUCAGUCACCUGGGCUGGUGGGUUCUCCAGAUAUACGCGCCGAUUGUCGACAACAGCUUUUUUGUCCUCAAGUACGGCAACAAGGAACUGGGCGACCUCAUGCGUCCUCUAUUCUGCGAGACCCAAAUGGAACACUCCUUCAAAAUCCUGCUGCUCUCCAAACACGUCGCGCUCAACUUCCCGCCCAAGGUCAGGCAGAGAGUCGACGACAUCCUCGUCAACGUUCGCGAAAUGGUGGCGGCGACGUACGAACACUCCAACUGGCCACCGAUGACCCGCGCGAGGGUGGGGGAGAAAAUUCGAGCGAUGCGCAUCAACCUGUGGCCCAUGGCGGAGUACCUAUCCAGCGAGACGCUUACCCGCAUCUACCGAUCCCACCACACGACGAAGAACACCGCGCUCGACCACUGGAUCGCCGAGCGUCGGGCAAACGCGGCGCUUCUCGGGAGCGGCGCCUACUUCGAAGACAAGCGGUUGCCGCACUCGUUCGCCAGGGACGCCGUCUACUACGACUUCCUGCUCAACGAAGCCUUUGUAUCGAUGAUGCUGGUGCACGAGCCACUUUACUACCCCGACGCCGACUCGGCCAUCAACUACGGAGGCGUGGGAGCCGCCUUCGCGUCAGCGGUGAUGCAUGGAGUCGGUUCAGGGCAGGACGCUCUCAGCUUGGUUCCAUCCAGCCAUGCUACUACUGCGGAAAAAGAAAGACCGCUGUCGGGAAACGCGACGUUCAACCAAACGCGCGAGUCGUCCUCGCGUAGUCUAGUGGACACGGUGCCGGGAUUCCUGCCGGCGUUCCACGCUCUCCAAGCCCACAAGGCGGAGUGGCCGACACAGCUACGCGAAUUUCCCCCGGAAAAGCUGUUUUUCAUCAACUACUGCCACACCCAGAGCAGGAUGAACAUCGCCUUCGACUGCAACGGUGCGGUCCGGGGAGACGAGAGCUUCGGGUUCGCAUUUCGCUGCGCGAAAGGUUUGCCCAUGAACCCGUGA